GUCAACUGACGUUCGCCUCGGUGACCGAUGGCCUUUCGAAUACGAUCGCCAUUGGCGAGAAACGCGUUCAAGAGUAUCGCGAUACCAGCGGCAACCUGAUCGACGGCGUGGGCCCGAACGUCUCGGACGGCCCUCAGUACCUGUGGGGUUUCUGGACUUCGCGGAACACGGCCUCGCCGAUGAAUGGCCCGAUCCUGGCGAGUUGGGGGGACUACGAUGCCAACUUCGCAAGCCAACACCCCGGUGGUUGCAACUUCCUGUACGGUGACGGAAGUGUGAGCUUCAUCCCGGAAACGAUCAACUUUGAAACCUACAACCUGCUGGCCGCCCGCAACAGCGGACAGCCCAAAGAACAACCGUAA